CAAACUGAAGCAUAAAUGAACAUCAACGGUAAGUUGCACCAAGGAGCAAUCAGAAUCUUCUUCUUCCAAAAUCAGCAUAUUCUUUUCCUUCAAUGACUUUAUGCUGAUUGACUGACGACUCAUCAUCAACCCACAAUUCCACCUCUUCUGUUUCUUCUUUAUUAAUUCCAAGAUUAUAAUCACAUAGAAUGCUCAUCUGAUCCAUCAAAAUGAGUUCCAAAAAAUCCAGUCUAGUUCCGAUAACCAGAGCUUUCCUUUCCUCAUACUACGAUAAACACCCGUUUUCCCCCAUUUCGGACGAUGUAUCUCGCCUUUCUCAACAACUCCGCAGCUUGUCUGCCGGUCUGCAGCAGGAUGCUACUGUUCCGCUCCCUCAAGGAGAAAGAUAUUUGGUACAAGAAGUUGAUUCGCAGCCACCACAUAAAAUCGACGAGAAUAUGUGGAAAAACCGAGAGCAUAUUGAAGAAAUUAUUUUCUUGCUAGAAACCUCUCACUGGCCAAAACUUCUUCAACAACAGUCUACAACUGAAGAUAUCGAACUUGCUCGGCUUCUUAAACAGCUAAGAGAAAAAUGUGGACGCAUAUUGGAGAUUGUUGAGUCAUUCCAGUCCAAGAAUGCAGAAAACGUGUUUAACACAGUCAUGACCUAUAUGCCCCAAGACUUCAGAGGUACAUUGAUUAGAAAGCAAAGAGAGCGGUCAGAGAAGAAUAAAAAAGCGCAAGUGGAUGCUUUAGUAAGUGCUGGUGGAAGCAUACGCGAUCGUUAUGCUCUGCUAUGGCAACAGCAAAUGGAACGGAGACGGCAGUUAGCUCAGCUUGGUUCUGCUGGAGGUGUGUAUAAGACAGUUGUGAAAUACUUAGUAGGUGUCCCGCAGGUUCUACUGGAUUUUGUUCGCCAAAUAAAUGACGAUCAAGGACCGAUGGAGGAACAAAGGCAUCGCUAUGGACUACCUAUGUAUGCUCUCACAAAGUUGGUGCUUAAUAUUCACCUUUUUCUCUCUUUGUCAUGGUGGCGCUUUCAAGAUAUUAAACUACAGAAGCAUCAGUUAUCUAUCUUAGAAGAAGCAGUUAAUGUCUAUAUAUCUGAAUUGGCAAGAUUCCUCAAUUUCACCGGGGAAGUGUUUGCAAAUUCUCCUUUCUUUGUGACAGUAGAAGAAGCCGGUGCAAUAGAAGCAAAUAAAAAUGAUGAUUAUAAAGAAGCAAGUGUCCCAGCUGGGACAACUUAUGAGGUCUCACUGGAGGUUGACUCGGUAAACUCAUACGUUGCUUGGGAUUUUUCCAUAGCACAAGGGAAAAUUAGCAUGGACAUUGGAUUCAGCAUUGAGUACACAAAUUCAUCUGGGCGUAAAACACUGAUCUUGCCUUACCGGAGGUAUGAUUCUGACCAAGGUAACUUCUGCACAAUCUCGGCUGGCAACUACAAACUCAUUUGGGAUAAUUCAUUUUCGACAUUCUUCAAAAAGGCCCUCCGCUACAAGGUGGACUGUAUACCGCCAGUUGUGGAACCUGAUGCGGAAGAAAGAGGCACAUUGUGAUACGUCAUUGCCAGAAAAUGUGCAUGUGCUUGUAGAGGUUAUAUAAACCAUGGAUUUAUACAUAGAAGUAUUUUUCCAGAUUUUGACUAUGCAAAUAGUCAUCAAAAAAUGUUAUUUGGUUAAUUGUAACUCUAAUCACUUGCCUUUUAUAUGAGGUUUAACUAUCAAGAUUGUAAAUGAUUGUAAGUUGUCAUUGAAGAAUAUCAUUGUUUCAAAUAAUACGAUAGAUAUGUUUACCAGGA